GGCCUCUGACGUUUUGUCAUUUACACUUCCGGUUCAAUAAGUUUUAUUUCCCCGUUGUGGAGAGCUUAUACAAGGAUUUAUAUUCCUCAUUGUUCCAAUCUGUAGUACACUGUUUUUUGUGAAAGUCAGCAUAUUCGGCAGCAAGUAUGAUAAUCCCAGUCCGAUGCUUCACAUGUGGAAAAAUUGUUGGCAACAAAUGGGAGGCAUAUCUAGGCCUUCUCCAAGCUGAGUACACUGAAGGUGAUGCUUUGGAUGCCCUUGGCUUAAAGAGAUACUGCUGUCGCAGAAUGUUGCUAGCUCACGUUGAUCUCAUUGAAAAACUUCUGAACUAUGCCCCCCUGGAAAAGUAGAGCACCACUUCCCUUUUGGCUGCCAAGCAAACUGGGUGAAAUGAUGGGACAUUUUUUGAGUACACAAAAACAACUAAAAGGGCUAAAAAUCAAGUCAUUCCAAAACCAGAGCCCAUUUUUGUCAUGUGUAAUCCUGUUAACAUUUUUAAUUUGUCUAAACUCAGUGUUUGUACUGAUUUUUUAAGGUUUUGAUGUGCAAUAUACUCUCGUGUAUGAGUUGGAUGUAUAAAUAAAGACAUUUUUUGUAGAAA